AUGGAGGAUGACAUAGUUGAACACAGCGACAUUUUGUCGGGCCCCUCUCAGCGUGCUCCAGGGACCCCCAAACGGACUGUAAUUGGCUUGAGAAGAAAGCACAACUCGCCCAGUAAGAAAUCGCUACUUGAGACAUUGGCGAUAGCUGCUGCAGUUGCCUCCAAAUCAGAUACCAACCAAGCCCCAGAUGAUCUGCCUGAACCGAAGCUUAAAAGGGAAUUAUCAACAGAUUUUGAUUCGAAUACUUCCCCACCAAAGAGGAGGAGGGGAAGACCAAGAAAGAACAAAGUCGAAGGCGAGGUUGCAACGGUUACUGUGAAAAGAAAGGUUGGGAGACCAAGAAAAAUCAAACCGGAGGGGGAGGAUGUGAUUCCCCUGAAGAGGAAGCCAGGAAGACCCCGCAUAAUUGAUGUGCAGGAUCCGCCGGUGAAAAGAAAACCGGGGAGACCACGCAAAAUAAUAGACCCUUCUGGGGGGACGUUACAAACGGAUAGAAAGGCCAAGAAAGAAAUUGUAGGCGAUCUCACAACGACUAACUUGCUGCCUAAAACAUUCAAGAGACCGAAGAAAACACUGAUCGAUGCAGAGGCUCUUAGAGAAGAAUUAGCUGAUGGAGGAGAAUUGGAUGAUGAAAGUGAUGAAUUUAUUGGAAACUCCUCCACCGGUUCUUCGGAACUACCAUCUUCACCAAUGUUUGAUGGGAUGCGACCUUCUACAAAAUCAAGCCACGCUUCCAAAUCGAUUUCUGAGCUAAACACACCUUUGAAACCAGGGAAGAAUUUCACCCAAAACUUGAACCGUGACUUUAUCUCACCUUUGAAGAAAAUGGUAUUAGAUAAUUUAGGAGAGUUUGCGGGAAAUACAAGUACCGAACACAGAAGACCUGAACUGGCGUUGAAAUUGGAUAAAAACUUCGUAGCGACUCCACUACAGUACAAUCGCGCGGAUAGAAAUAAAACUGCAGUUGGGAAAGCCGAAGCGGACGGAUUCGAGUCAUUCAAAAAGUCUAACGAUUUUUUCGAUACAUACGAGGGCUAUUUUGACCAGAAGAGAACAAAAGCAGUUAAUAAGAAAUCAAAAAGUUCUAUGGCAGCAGCACCAGAUGUGACGCGAGCCGAGUUCGCGACCAUUUCAGAAGUGUUCAAUAAGAGGUUUUUGAAGGAUAAGAGGAAAAAGUUGUUUGAAAUUCAGAAAAAACUGUUCACACAAUUUUGGUUCGAGGUCACCCAAGGGUUCACUCUCUUGUUUUAUGGUAUCGGCUCGAAACGGAAUUUUUUGGAAUCGUUUGCCUUGAAUUAUUUAUCCAAAAAAUUGGCAUUACCAGGCAUCUCCUGGAACGGACAGACAGCUGGCGGCAAGACUAUAAACGGUAUACCCUGUGUCGUCAUAAACGGAUACAACCCCACUUGUAACUAUAGGGAUAUAUUUUAUGAUAUCUCAAAAUUAACUUUACCGGAAGAGAUAACUAAAGCAGAGACAAAGUUUUGGGGUAACCAUGUAAUGCUGUCCAUCUCCAAAAUGGUUGAGUUCUACAAAACGCAACCUGCGGACAUCAAACUGAUCCUUGUUGUACAUAACCUGGACGGGCCUAGCGUCAGAAGGGAUGCAUUUCAAGAGAUGUUGAGUUCGUUGGCCUCAAUUAAACAAAUUGCCGUGGUGGCAUCCACAGAUAACGUCAGCGCCCCUUUGUUGUGGGAUAACGGUCUUUCACAAAACUUCAAUUUUGUUUAUCACGACGUUACCAAUUUCGAACCGAACACAAUAGAGUCGACAUUCCAGGAUGUCAUGAAAAUAGGAGCAAAGGAGACGUCGUCUGGUAUAGAAGGUGUAAGAUAUGUGCUCGAAUCUCUGACAUCAAACUCCAAGAGACUGUACAAGACUAUAAUCACCGCACAACUCACGAAAAUCGACGCGGAUGCUGAUGCACAGAAAAAACAUGCAGUUUCGAAUGGUGGCCUAAAAUUAGGCGUGGAGUUCAAGCGUUUGUUGCAACAGUGUGCAGAGGACUUCAUUGCAUCUAACGAAAUUUCUUUGAGAACCAUGCUGAGAGAAUUCAUUGAGCAUAAGAUGGUCAUCACGAAGAAGAAUGCAAAUGGUACAGAGGUCGUAUGGAUCCCUUUUACCGUUUCCGAUUUGAGGAAAAUUUUAUCCACUCUUUUGAACAAUGUCGAGUGA